AUGGCAAACCAGGGUCAACUUUUGGGUUGCCCAAGCUUAAUCACUUCCGAGAGGAAGAAGGGCACCGUGUUCAGAAACGUGGCCUACCUCAUCAUUCUGUAUAUGUAUUCCGGAGUCAUGGGCAUUCUAUUGAGGCCGUACCUGGACGAUCUCACAAUGUACGGCCUGGGCGUCGUCGUAGCAUUCAACUUUGUGUUUUUCCUGUUCUUCAUCAGUUUUCUAAGGUCCUCGACCACCGACCCCGGCGUCGUGCCCAUGAACUGGGGGUUUUACAUGGGCGACGACACUAAAAGGAGGCGGUAUUGCAAAAUCUGCAAUGUUUGGAAGCCCGAUAGGACCCAUCACUGCUCGUCUUGUAACCGUUGUGUCCUCAACAUGGACCACCACUGCCCCUGGAUAGGGAACUGCGUCGGAUUUUACAACCGCAAAUACUUCAUGCAGCUCCUCGUCUACGCGCUGAUCGUGCUCAGCUACUCUCUACUGCAAUCAAUCCACUACUUGUACGGCGAGACCAUCGAGAACGGCAUGGACGACUUCGACGAGGUCGGCCAGAAGGCAAUUUGCUACGUCUACGUCUGCGGGAUGAUCUUCAUUGCUCUGGCGCUGAUCAUAGCGCUCAUUCCCUUCGUGCAGUUCCACUUCAGGCUCGUUUUGAAGAACUCCACCACCAUUGAGAACCUGGACGAGCAGAACCGCGACUCUGGCAUGUACGACAUGGGCAUGGGCGCGAACCUGCAGCAGGUUUUCGGCGUCAAUCCUCUCUGCUGGUUCGCCCCCUGCAACCUUCCUCUGAACAGGCCCGUGGGCGACGGCGUCAGGUGGUCCCAGUACUGCUACACUCCAAUACCUGAUAAAGUUUAA